UCGUGAAGUUUUCAUUUUUCGUUUUUAUCCCUUUUGUCAGUUUUGUGCUGUAACUGCUGUUGUGUUGUUUUGGACGUUAGAAGCUUUUUGCCACUUACACUGAAUCACAAAGUACCAUAUUCGAUGACAAUAUUUGUGCCUUAUUGAUGUACUGGUUUGGAAAAUGACUGAUUCCAUGGAAGAUGUCGAUAAUCUGUUUGGCGACACGAAAAUCCAUCCGGAGAUCGUGCGGGCCGUCGCGGAAUUCGGAUUUCAUUCUCUGACUCCCGUUCAAGCGGCCACCAUCCCGCAGUUCCUCAACCACAAAGACGUGAUCGUCGAAGCCGUAACCGGGAGCGGGAAGACCCUGGCCUUCCUCAUCCCCUGCCUGGAGAUCCUGCUCCGCCGACCGGAGCCCUGGCGUCCCCACGACAUUGGCGCCCUCAUCCUCAGUCCCACUCGCGAACUAGCCCUGCAGAUCCACGCUGUCCUGGAGCGCCUGCUGAAACACACCACCCUCCGGGGAAUCGCCUGGAUCGGCGGUCGUCCCACCGCCAAGGACGUGGCCGACUGGGACGCCCAGGGGGGCAACGUCGUGGUGGCCACCCCCGGGCGCAUGGUGGACAUGCUGGAGGGCGGUGUGGGGCGGGGGCGGUGGGAGGUGCGGCAGGCGGUGAAGAGUGUGGAGGUGGUGGUGCUGGAUGAGGCUGAUCGCCUGCUGGAGAUGGGGUUUGAAGUCGCCGUGGGGGAGAUCUUGGGGCGGCUGCCCAAACAGCGCCGGACCGGGAUGUUCAGUGCGACGCAGACCACGCAGCUGAAACAGCUCAUUCGGGCAGGAAUGCGGAAUCCGGUGGCGAUCAAAGUGGAAGAGAAGCUGAAUCUCCGCACGCCAACUGGCCUGACUUCCUUCUACACGAUCCAGUCGCCGCAGACCAAACUCGACCACCUCCUGGCGUUUCUCCGCGCUCAUCGCCGCCAGAAACACCUGCUGUUCUUCGCCACCUGUGACUGCGUUAAUUACUUUACGCUGUAUCUGCAACAUGUCUUCCACAAGAAAAAGGCUAACGUCACCGCUUUUCCCAUCAUGUCUCUUCACCGGAAACUCAAACACAAACGUCAAGCGAUUUUUCAGGAAUUUUCCAAUGUUUCCGCCGGUAUUCUCGUCUGUACGGACGUAGUGGCGCGCGGCAUCGACUGGCCGGACAUCGACUGGGUCAUCCAGUUCGAUGUGCCGAAAUCGGCGGCCGUCUACGUGCACCGCUGCGGACGAACGGCGCGCAUGGGCGGACGCGAAGGCCAGUCGCUCCUCUAUCUCCUGCCCAAUGAAGAGCCGUACGUGGAGUUUGUCCAGAGGAAUCAGCGGGUGUCGCUUCUACCCUUACCAGAAUCUGUCUCCCCAUCCAGUGCUGACACUUCUCCGGUCAAGUCCAGCGAUAAACUGAAACGCCUGACCGCCACCGACCGUGACAUGCACGACAAAUCCAUCCGCGCCUUCGUCUCCUACAUCCGGGCGUACGGCCAGCACGAAUGCUCGGUGAUCUGCCGGGUGAAAGAACUGGAUCUCUGCGGUCUGGCCGACGCCUUCGGAUUACUGCGGCUGCCGCGCAUGCCGGAAUUACGCGAGGUGGACACCGGGCAGUUUACGGAGAGCGCGGUGGACAUCGAGAAGAUCCCGUAUAAAGAUAAACACCGCGAAAAACAGCGGCAGGAGAAGAAGGAACGGGGAGAUGGUGGCCGGGAGGGAAAAAUGCGGAAGAUGAAAACCGAAGCGUUCUCCUUGGCUAAGGCGAAGAAAUUGGCGUCUAAAGAGAGGAAAUUGGUCAAGAAAAUUCAGCGCAAAAAGAAGGGCGCGGGGGAUGAUGCGGAUGAUGGGGAUCUGGAGGAGUUGGCCAGGGAUUUGAGGCUGAUUAAGAAAGAACGUCUGAAAAAGAUAUCGCGGGAUGCGUUUAACAAGCAGUUUGCCGCGGACAGUGAUAGCGACGACUCCGAUGAAACAUCCGAGUGAUGCAGUAAAAUCAGUGUUCACCGUAUCGGAAUGAUACCAGCAAUACUAUGGGUGGUCAAAAUCUUCUGUGUAAUCGAUGCGUGUCGGGUAAAGGCCAGAACAAGUAAAAACAACCCGAUGAAUCAGCCAAAAACUGUCAACAAAUGAUAAGACGAGUAUGUUUACGUGCCAGGAAGGAAACUGACCACCGAAGUGGAAACAAAACAGUUACGUUUAAAGCCAAAUGCGGCGCCACGCGAGCUAGCCUGCAUCAUGCGCCGGCAUAAGCAAGACUUCGCUGCGCCAGCCAUAAUGCAGGUGUUCUUUAUCUGCGAGGAGUUCAAAAAUUAAUUACACGUGUAUAAACUAAACUAGUGACAGUAACUGUUGUGAUUUCUGCAAUGGCCCCACCAUCUAAACGACAAGAAUUUCUUAAUCUAUGCGACAAAAGGAUUAUCAGUUUAAAAAUCGAAGAUUUAAUCACUG